GACAAUUACCAUUUGGGUUCUUCAUUUCUCACGUUUUGUACAGUGUCUAUAAAAACAGGAUCAUCGACGCCAUCUGAUCACCAAACCAUGGGUUCGAUCUGUGAAGGAAAUCAACACACAAGUGUUCUUCUGGUUACACUUUCGGCUCAAGGUCACAUAAACCCCAUCCUAAGGCUUGGGAACCGUCUUGUUUCCAAAGGCCUCCAUGUGACUCUCGCAACAAACGACUCUGCCCUCAACAGAAACAUUCCCUCCGAUGUCAAYUCCGUCGGCAGACUCCACCUUGAGUUCUUUUCCGAUGGUCUACCGAUCAACCAUAAGGCCGUCGAUAGGGACUCCUACAUGGACACGUUAGGUAAGUUUGGACCCAUUAACCUUUUAGCCUUAAUAAGAUCCCACACACGUAAAUUUGCAUGCAUAAUCCACACCCCUUUCGUCCCGUGGGUKGCGGACGUGGCGGCGGAGGUCGGUGUUCCCAGCGCCAUGCUAUGGAUCCAACCAUGCACACUGUACCAGAUAUAUUAYCAUUAUUACAAUCGGCUCGAAGAGUUUCCUACUCAAAGUAACCCGAAUAUGAGCGUCAAGUUGCCUGGGCUGCCGGUUUUGGAAGCAGAAGAGCUGCCGUCGUUUGUUCUUCCAUCGAAURCGUUUCGUAGCCUUGAUGGUGUACUCAACACAGUGUUCCAUAACAUGCACAAGGUGAAGUGGGUGCUCGGGAAUUCGUUCAUGGAGCUCGAGAAAGAUGUGAUCACGUCGUUGAAUGACGCUGGCCGUGUAUUUUGGCCGGUUGGGCCGAUGGUUCCGGCAACGCUUWYCGGUGAGGAAGAAGACGGCGGUUUUGAUCUAUUCAAAUCAGAUGACAAGAGUAACUGUAUGGAGUGGCUAGACAAACAAGAGCCCACUUCGGUUGUUUAURUCUCAUUCGGAACUCUCCURUUCUUGUCCCAAAAGGAAAUAGAGAGCAUAGCGAUCGGUCUUAAWAAAACAAAACGGCCGUUUCUCUGGGUGAUAAAUCCSUCGGAAAAUCAAGAACGGGCGGAAUUAGGGUUUUUGGAUGAGAUUAAGGAACAAGGGUUGAUUGUGAGAUGGAGUCCACAAACGGCGGUGUUGUCGCAUCCAUCAGUUGGGUGUUUCGUGAGCCACUGUGGGUGGAACUCGUUGAUGGAGAGUCUCGUCGCCGGUGUGCCGAUUAUUGCAUGUCCGCAGUGGACAGAUCAGCCUACAAAUGCUAAGAUGGUGACAGAUGUUUGGGGUGUUGGAGUGAAGUUAAAGAAGAAUUCAGGGGGUGUAUAUGAYGGGGAAGAAAUGGAGAGAUGUGUGGAACAAGUCAUGAGUGGGCCACAGUUCAGGAAGAAGGCGGUGGAGUUGAAAAGGGCGGCGCGUGAAGCARUCGCAGCCGGUGGUUCAUCAGAUGAGAAUAUUCAGAUGUUUGUGAAUGAAAUGAUGUCUUCUUGUUCGUGUAAUUCUAAGCAAAAAUAAAUACGAAUAUAUCUAAAAUAAUUUGGGAGAUUCCUUUCA